AUGUUCCUACCGGAGCCUUCAUUGUCCCCGGGUCCGCCGCCGCCCCCUCUGUCGUACUUCCUUAUGGCCGGGAAGGCGUGGCCAGAUCGGGUCACCUCCUGGACCCUGCUGAACCCGGGAGAACACCCCGGACAAUAUCAUCCGGGAGGCGAAGCUCUCCUGAGCUGGGAACGGAGAGAUUUCUCCAGGCGGCCCGAUAUAAAGAUAAAUCUCCGGGAGUUCCCAGGAGAAUUCCGCGCAAUCGACAUGGCAGGAGCCGUGGUGGCGGAGGCGAUUUUCUUAGGGAUCACUGGAGAUAAGGGAUCACUGGAUCAUACGCCGGAACCUACACCGGGCCCCAUAUCUGUCCCCUCCGUCCAUUCAGGUGAUCGCCCGUCGAAUGGAGGGGACGUAGUCGUCAGACUCGUGCCCGCCAUUCGGAUCCAGGAAGUCAAGGGCUUUGUCCCCGGAGUAGCCUACUCCUCCUGGACGGGCCAAUCGUCCUCGGCAGCCGCAGCAGCGAGAGCGUCCGCUCUCUGCUGUCUGAGGGCCAGCGGGAGACGGGCACAAUGUGAGCAUGAUACCCCGGGAGUUAGAGAGCUCAGACAACCAGCAAGCCCACCCUCAAGAAGCUCGAUCCAGAAAGCCGCUGGAUCCCGAGGUGAUCACAGGAGGCCUGAACUUCAGCCCCUUAGCAGGAAGCAUAUAAAACAGAAAAUGGCACGUUCUGGAAGACCAUCACUUUUCCUGAUCCACACAGGAUUCCUAUUAGCUAUCGUUUUACUUCCAGAGUUUCUGGGGGCCGUGCCAGUGGAGCAGCGCAGGGAGGAGGAAGUGACUGCAGUGUCUGAAGAUGUGAAGGCCGAGGCCAUGGAGAACCCGAGGACUCUUGUUCGCAACAGAAGGAACAUCUUCCCCGUCAUGGCCCCAAUGGGCCAAAUACCCCAUUUCAAACGCAUGCCCGACUUCUGGGGAUGGUACAAGCUCUUCAUGAACAGCCACAACCAGGAGGGAGUUGAGGAUCUGGAUCGUCUGUACAUGAACUUCCUGCAGAACAAGCACAGGUCAGAGGAGGGCCCGAACUUCAACCACUACCUGAAGCACCUCAGUGAAAUCUACAAAACCUGUGCCGACUCCGAUGAUCCCGAGUGCAUCUCCGAGUUCACCAGCAAGCCCAAGGCCGCGCUGGUGAUGCCCGAGGCCAUCAAGACUGCCGACGUCAGGAUGUGCAACCCUUACCUGGACCCCUACUGCCUCUUCCCCAUCGGCCCCAAGGCUGCUGCGCCCGCGCCUGCUCCGGUCAAACUGCCCGCCCCCAUCCUCACCCCCAUGCUGCCCAUGCCCAUGAAGAGCUCCACCGGCUUCUACUACUACGCCCCCGUCCUGGAGCCCUUCCUCAGCGAACCGCAGAGGGCCGAGCUGCUGAGAAUCUGCAACUCUGAGGAUGUGGAGUGUCUGCAGUAUCACCUGAGAUCAGCCUAUGGCUACCGCCCGGCCGCUGGCCCCGCCCCAUCCUACGCCGCUCUCAAAUGCGACCCCAAGGACCCGUACUGCAUGCCCCCCCUGGUCCAGAAAUCCCCCACCGGCUUCUACCACAUGCUGUACCCCAGCUGUGACCCAGCAGUGGAUCCUCUGUGUGUGACCGCCGCCCCGGCCCCCCUCGCUGCGGAGGAGGAACCCAAAGAGCAGCACUGCAACCCCCUGUUUGACGGCGGCUGCAACCCGCUAAGCGCCACCAAGCUGUCCGGACUCACCAGGCCCGUGUUGGAGUUCGCCCCCAAGGCAGCGGCUGCUUCUGGCCCCGCCCCUCUGUCCUGCGACCCUCGCUACGACCCGUACUGCAUCCUGGCCGCCGCCGCCGCCCUGCGUAGGCCCGCCCCGCAGAUGCCCGAGCACCAGGUCCGCUACAAGCUCGGCAUCGAAGGCAAGACCAAGGAUGGCCACGACUGCUACGUGCACUACGACAAAGACUGCACCCCCGUGAAGUAUGGCUCCGCGGCCAAGGCCAACAUCAAGGCUCCAGCCAAGCCUUUCUGCCAUCCCUUCGACCCAAACUGCGGCAAGUUUGCUGCAGGACCCUCGGCCGUUAAGGCCCCAAAGCCCAGCAAUGAUGGCAUCAUCCUGCCCGACCCCGACUGCGACCCUGAGAUGGACUUCAACUGCCGCCUGCGUCGCGCCCAGCCCGCUGAAACAGCUGCUGAUGAGCCCGCGGCCGCCGACGAGCCCGCCAGAGAGGCCGCCAUGCCAAACUUUGAAGACUUCCUGCGGGGCGUCAUGAGCAAGCACCAGCAGAAAUAACAACAUCAAUGCCUUCUAGAUAAUCUACCUGGCAGAAAUGGAGCUCACUGUGUUGUCUUUAAUCUUUAUGGACUUCAUGAACCACCUUUCACAGUAUCACCAGCUCCAUAACAAACUAUAACAUAAAUCAGAAAAUAUUGCAGCUGAUUUUCACAGAAAAUCUGAACGCAUCUUAAUGUUGGUCUGCUUUACAAAAGGGGAAUAAUUCAAGAGGGCCAAGCAACAUAGAUCAUGUGAAACUUGUGUAAUAAAUACUUCAUGUAUGUAUGUUUGUAGAAAGAGUCGUAUGUAUAGAUGUUUGAUAGAUUAGGGGUAGUUGUGUUAGUGGGCCAUAAUAUCUCUCUGCUGUACAUUCUCUGUUUCCAUUUGAGUUACCCUAUUUAAUGUUGUGUUUCACAUUUUUCUGUAACUCUGAA